CCGGGAGCAGCGCGGCGGGCGGGACUGUGUUCCAUGGUGCCUACACGCCGCUUGCCGGGUUCUCCGGAGUUGGGUGUCUGUGCUGUGUAGCCUAGUGGACCCUCAAGCCGAGCUUCACGUCCAAGGUCUGUGGGUCCACAGAGUUCCGCAGCGCCACUUCUGCCUGCUCCAGGGUCUUGGAGAUGGACUUUCUUCAGUUCUUGGCCUUCUUCUUUGUCCUGCUGCUGUCUGGAGUGGGGGCCACAGGUACCCUGAGGACCUCAAUGGACCCAAGCCUGGAGAUUUACAAGAAGAUGUUUGAGGUGAAACGGCGGGAGCAGCUAUUAGCACUGAAGAACUUGGCACAAUUGAAUGAUGUCUACCAGCAGUACAAGAUCCUUGAUGUUAUGCUCAAGGGGCUCUUUAAGGUGCUGGAGGACUCCCGGACAGUGCUCAUUGCUGCCAACGUGCUCCCAGAUGGGCCCUUCCCCCAGGAUGAGAAGCUGAAGGAUGCCUUCUCCCAUGUGGUAGAGAACACGGCCUUCUUCGGGGAUGUGGUACUACGCUUCCCGAGGAUCGUGCACCACUACUUUGACCACAACUCCAACUGGAACCUCCUCAUCCGCUGGGGCAUCAGCUUCUGCAACCAGACAGGUGUCUUUGACCAGGGGACCCACUCACCCAUCCUUAGCUUGAUGGCCCAGGAGUUGGGGAUCAGCGAGAAAGACUCCGACUUCCAGAACCCAUUUAAAAUAGACCACCCAGAGUUUAUUCCCAGCACUGACCCUUUCCAGAAGGCCCUGAGGGAAGAAGAGAAACGAAGGAAGAAAGAAGAGAAGCGGAAAGAGAUCCGAAAAGGCCCAAGGAUCUCCCGAUCCCAGUCUGAGUUGUAACCCUGGAGCAGCACAGGAUCAAGGGGCCAGCAGGAGGCCUCUCAAGAGGACGGGGAGGCAGCUACGUGGCUGUGGCUUGGCAGCCUCCACCAUGGUGGUGAGCACCGGCCCCUUCCAGAUGGCGACACCAAGUUUACUGGGUCCUCAGGAGCUGAAGGGACUAUACAUCAGGGGGCUGAAUUUUCUCCCAGGACCUCUAGAGAGGGUGUCCAGGAGGCCUUUAGAGAACACUGUGGAGACUGCCGGGGAGGCAGGAGGGCCUCCUGGCUGGACUCUUGGUAGGUGAAGGUCCUGGCUGGCUGGCUGCUGCAGUCUGCAGGGAAGCAUCAAAACCAGGCUCUGAAUCACUGGAAAAGGUAUGAUGCCUAUUUCUUGUCCCAUUGUGUCCCAGCCCAGGUCCCAGCUCCUCUCCAGAGACACAAUAAAAGCCGGAAAAUUCACUAGACCCACUGAGGCUGGUGAGGGGACUGUGAGGAAUCAGGGGCCCUCAGGAAUGUUGAGGCCAGCUUAGAGGAUGUUCCCACCUCAUCAAGAAGAGUCUCAGGCCUGAUGGAGCAAAGAAGCAGAGGCUUGGCUCAGGCUUCCUGUGCCAUCCUCAGCACUGCCCUUGAUGAGAGUUCAUUGUCAGAAGGGGAACUGGAAGAGAGAGAGUAUUUGAUCCAAGGAGACCUGGGAGCAAUAUGAUCUCUGUAUUCAGAUAACCUAGGGACGGUCAUUGAGCGGAUGCUGGGAAUAAUCCAUGUGCUGUCUCUGGCCAUGCUGGAGGACCUGCAGCCUGUGGGUGGGGGCUGUAGGGCACCAGCAGGAGGCUGCUUUGCAGUGAUCCAGUUUGGUCGGAGUGCAAACUCCAUCUCAGGAGGUGUGCAAGCAAGUUCCCUUGGCCACAGGACAGAGGAGCUGCAGAGGGAGUUAGGGCCUGAAUGGCCCUCCUGCUUUCUCUGGCCACCAGUGGAGAUGGCUGCCCUUUACUCCACUCCUGCCCCUCCCAAGCACAAGAGGGAGGGGAAUUCUACCUCUGCCUCUUUGACCUGGCCCAGCUGGGAUCUGCCUCUUACUGGGGCAGAGACACACAACCAUCAUCAAAGCCCCCCACAUCUGGCCUUAUCGCUGAUAGCAUCCAAGCAAAACUUGAAUCAGCCAUCAGACUUACGGAUCCUGGCCUACUCUUUCCCUUCCCUGUGCUUCAAUGGCAAAAUGAGUAUGUUGAUAUGAGAACCCUCUGUCCUGCCUUGACCUGCUUCCUUGAGGCAGGACUCCCUCCUGGACAGGGCAGUAAAGGGAAGCUAAACCUUAAGUAGGUCCCAAGGGUGGGCCCAGAGUAUCCUGUAAUCAAUCAGAAAAGAAGAGGAUAAGAAGUAGCAGGAGCUGGAGGUAUGAUGGAGAAGUCUUUCCAUCCGAACUUUCCUACCAGCUACCUGCUCCCCAUCACUGGCUUGACAUCAGAAUCUGGGUGCUCCAUCCCCAGCUCUGCCCCCCGCCCCCCAGCUAUCUUUGAGGAUUACAGCAGAUGGUGAUUGCUGGAGUUUGUGAACUAGAGGACUAGAGAAAGUGUGGGACCCCAUGAUCAGCUGUUCACCCUGUCCUGGUACAGCCCCAGGUUCUUCCUGUCCUAUUGCUGAGAGGCGGUGGUUGCUGAUUUGCAUGGAAGGUGUUUCCUCCCUUAACUGGAGGAAGACUUUUCUGGGAAUCAGGCCUGCCUGGCUAUUGACCUAGCCUUUUCAGGUCCAUAGGGGUGGUCCUACCUCAGGACAGUGCAAAGGUAGUUCCAGCUUUGGCUGGGGGUCCCACCAAGUGACUUCUAGGGUCUCUGUCAUCAGCAGGACUUUUUAUAAUUUGAAGCAGAACUUAGCAACUGCAGAGUGAUGAGGCAGCCCAGUAUGCUGGGGAGGCCUGAGCACCUUGGAUCUAGCCUUGGGCUCUGUCCCUUGCCAACCAUUGUCUUCAGAACCAGGUCCUUGGGUCCCCUAUCUCAGAAUGCUCCAGGGUUUGGGAGGAUAAGCUGUAGAAAAAGCAGAAGGUGGUUGGAAAUUUAACUGACUUCUUAGUGACAUGUGCCCUUCUCUGAUGGUUCUUUAUCACAUUGAUUUGCUGCACACUUACUCCAUGGAGGGCAUAAGGAAGGGGCCUAAUUUUCUCUCUCUUCACAUCUGCCCCAUCUGGCAUCUCCUUCCUCUCGGACUCUGGACUCUUCCCUCUUCACCUCUUCUCCUCUUGGGGAAUCCCAUCUUUUACCUCAAAUGGGCCCAAGGUGUCCCAUCUGCCUUCCAAAAAAAAAAAAAAAAAAAGAAAAAAAAUUUUUAUAUAUAUAUAUAUCCACUCCUAUUUGCCCCUUCUCUCAGCUUUUUGUGCCAUUGUUGACUGUUGUGACCACUUGUUCUGGGAACUAAACUUUCUGGGACUUAUGCAGGCAGAGAGACUCCCCCCAGCUGUAAAGUCUCAGGGCACUUUUUUAUCCAGCCUUUCCCAGGAGCUGGGAUUCACUUACCUGGACUUGCACCAACUGGAUGCACCCAGCUGGUGUGGGAUUCCUACUGGUGGCUGCAGGUACCAGGGACAUCAGUGUGUGUGUGUGGUGGGGGGGGGGUGUAGUGGAGGGGGAACUGUUGCUAGCCAGUCCAGUGACCAGUGUCAGGAGUGCCCAAUGGUGGCAACAGUAAUAUGGUGUAGUCUGCUGAGCUUCCAUGCCCUGUUUGUGGCACCCCUGGAGAGGCUGAGAGCCCCCUAACAUCUUUCAAGGCAGAGUUUCUCAGCAGUGGCACUAUUAAAAUUUGGCGCCAGGUGAUUCUUGGUUGUGUGUGGUGGGGGAGCGCUAUCCUGAGUGUGAGGGUUAUUUAGCAGCAUCCAUCCCUGGCCUCUGCCUACCACGUACCAGCAGUCCCUCAGUUAGGAAACUGAAAAUGUCUCCAGGCAUCACCAGAUCUCCCCAUGGGGAGCAGAACCUCCCUGGUCUACAGCCCCUCUCCCUGUCCCCAUCAUCCUCGGCCCUCCCCAGUCCUUGCCCUCAGAGGGAGAUUGUGGAUGGCUGCCAUUUCUUGAGGCGAUCCUCCUGGGCUGCUUGUCCUGUGCUUUGCCCUUGGUCUGAGCCUGCACUGUCUCUUCCUGGCUCCUCUUUCUUCACUUGAUCCUUUAAAUGAAGGAUUUUUUUGGUUUAGCGCUCUCUGCUUCUUGGACAAACACCCUCUAAGACCUCAAAGUUGAUGGCACCUUCUCUGUCACCAUCUGAUAAUCCUCAUUGCUUAUGUUUGAGUUUGUCCUAAGCCAAACUUGUUUCCCACCUUCUAAAUCCACCUCUAUGUCAAAUUCUUGGUUGAUCCUGCUGGAAGGCCUCAUGGAAGAAGUGAUAUUUGAACUAAUUCUGAGAGACUGGAGGAAGAGGGAGCGGAGAACAGGUACUAGGAGCAAACGCCUGAAAGGGCAGGCAUCAAGAGAGAGUAAAUGGCAAGGAAUAUGCCUGGUUCCCUACUGUGACCUGUGGCAGGUGCCUAUCCAGGAUAAAUAUCUCAACAUAGUGGUCACCUAGUCCAGCCCCUCUGUUUUCAGGUAAAGAACACAGUUCCUGAAGAGUAACUUGUCAAAAGCUGUUUCACCCCUCAGAGCCAGCCUCUGACCUCCCAGCCAGAGCAGGGUCAGGGGAGCACGGCAGGAUUUUGCUGGGAUCUGGGUCUAGUGCAGCCAGUCUUCUUUGACCACUUGUACUGGAGCGUUUAUUUGGGUUUCCUCAGACUUGGUCAAGCACCAGGUCCUAUGGGCAGGUCCCACUGGGAGAGCUACAGAGUGACAGUGCUUUGCCCACCUUCCUGACCUGUUGCUUAAGGCAGCCCUUGGGGAAUUACUGAGGUGCUGGGGCAGAGGACACUAGAACAAAGCAUAUUUUAUGAGGGUCUUUACCAUGUCAGUUUAGCAGACAGCAACCAUCAGUUUGCCAGCUACAGUGGCACAUGCCUGUAAUCCCAGAGGCUGAGGCAGUAUGAUCACAAGCUGGAGGUCAGCCUGGGCAAUUUAAUGAGACCCUGUCUCAAAAUUAAAAAGAUCUGGGGAUAUAGUUGAGUGGUAGAGCACUGCUGGGCUCAAUCCCCAGAACUGCAGAAACCAAAAACCAUCCCUGUGAGGAGUCCCAGCAGCACCACUGAGAAGUACUACUGAAGAUGGCACCAUCCAGAUCCAGAGCAGGGCAGCUGGGUUUGGGUCAGCUUUCUAUUUCUGUGUGUAAACAAUAAAAGAGCAUUCUUGUUUUAUUUACCCCCCAAAUAAGACACUACUUAUUUCUCAAUAAUUAUGCAUGUUCAUCAUAAAAAGUAAUUUAGACAAUACAAAAAAUACCAGGAAGAAAGUAAGACUCACCUCAGAUCCCCCCACUCAGCCAGCUGUUGGCCUUAUUUUUUCAAUUACAAUUGCUACCUUGUAUGAGAGCUUGCUAUAUGCCAGGACUUACCACAUGUGCUGUCUGGCAGCAGCUCCUCCAGCCUCAAGUGUUUGUCCAUGUCAUCUGUUCCCCCUGGGUAUACCAGAGGCAGAGCUGGCCUCUCAAUUUUAAGUUUUGUCUUAAAUACCACUUAAGAAUUUGGUGUGUAUUUUUUUUUCCAGUGUUAAGGAUGGAACUCAGGGCCUCAUGCAGGCUAGGCAAAUGCUCUACCACUCAGCCACACCACCAGCCAGUCUUCUUGACCAUCGAAAGUUAUGUCCCAUCACUUUUCCUUCAUCAUUUGUACUACCAUCAUCUAUUAUUGUUUACUGCCUUUUCUUUUUCUCUCUUCACUAGACUGGAAGCUCUUAGCAGGAACUAUUUGCCUGCCAGAGAUAAUCAAUAAAUGUUGUUAAAAGAA